UCUCCUCUCACCUCCAGACUUCUAACUGAUCCUGCAAAGAGACUGCCCCCUCCCUCUUCUCUGUUUCUGCUAUGGACACUUCUGCUUUCAGCCUGCCCACCCCUGCAGCGUCAGAAGAGAGGAAUGCCUCUGGCAGCUGGGCAGGCUUUGCCAGCACCAACAGCUCCACCACUGCCAGCCCUGGUGUGGUUGUCAGCGGUGUCCUCAUCCCCCUGGUUUAUCUCAUUGUCUGUGUGGUGGGGCUGGCUGGGAAUUCUCUGGUCAUUUAUGUGGUCCUGCGGCACUCUGUGAGUGAGUCGGUGACAAACGUCUACAUCUUGAACUUGGCCCUAGCUGAUGAACUCUUCAUGUUGGGCCUACCCUUCUUGGCUGCACAAAAUGCCCUGUCCUACUGGCCCUUUGGGUCCUUCAUGUGUCGCCUAGUGAUGGCCGUGGAUGCCAUCAACCAGUUCACCAGCAUCUUCUGCCUGACGGUGAUGAGUGUUGACCGCUACCUGGCUGUAGUCCACCCAGGGAAGUCUUCCAAAUGGCGGACAGCAAAGGUGGCCAAGGUUGUGAGUGCAACUGUAUGGGUGCUGUCAUCUGUGGUGGUGCUGCCUGUGGUGGUCUUCUCAGAUGUCCCCUUAGGUAUGAGUACAUGCCACAUCCAGUGGCCAGAGCCUGCCUCGGUAUGGAGAGCUGGCUUCAUUGUCUACACUGCCACCCUGGGCUUCUUUGGGCCACUGUUGGUGAUUUGUCUCUGUUACCUGCUCAUCGUUGUGAAGGUCCGUUCUUCCGGCAGGCGAGUGAGGGCUCUAUCCUCCAAGCACAAGCUCUCAGAACGCAGGGUGACCCGCAUGGUGGUGACUGUUGUGGCGGUCUUCGUCCUCUGCUGGCUCCCCUUCUACGUCCUCAACAUCAUCAAUGUGGUCUGCCCACUGCCAGAAGAGCCAUCCCUCUUUGGCGUUUACUUUCUUGUGGUGGUGCUGCCGUAUGCCAACAGCUGUGCUAACCCCAUCAUCUACGGCUUUCUCUCCUACCGCUUCAAGCAGGGGUUCCGGAGAGCAAUCCUCAGGCCAUCCCGACGAGUACAGAGCCAAGACAUGCCAGCAAGGCCCCCAGAGAAGACUGAUGAUGAGGAGGAAGAGGGGGAGAUCAGCAAGAUCACCCAAAAUGGAAAUGACAGGCAGGAACACCCUCUCAGCAGUGGGGCGGGGGGAAGUAAUGAUCAAAAACCACUCCCUGAGGAGCCUGUGGGCUGCGAGAAGAGCAGCAGGUUGCAUGUCAGUUAUUUAUGAUAAAAAGAAAGAGAUGGUGCAGAGGGAAG